AUGAAGAGAUUUGCCUCAGCCCCCAAAGAGCCCCUAAGCCGUGAUGCUUUUCCCAUUCACUACGCAAUGAUUUGUCUCGAUCAUAAUGGCGAGCUCAUGACGUACGCAUCUCAGUCUGUUAAGCUCGACGGUGUGUUUACUUCGGAAGUUCGCCAGAAUUUUCUCAGCAUUCUAGGCGAAAGCAUCGACUAUCAACAGUCAUCUCCACGUGGGCUGAAGCGCCGUAAGAGUGAAGCAUCCGCCACGUCUGCUUUUGAAAUGGCUCUAGAUGAACGGGACAUCGAAAACCUUCCUACUGGUUCUACUAAAGCAGUCCUUCUCACAAUUGGAGAAAAACGGAAUAUUACGGAAUAUUAUGUAGGCGCCCUUACGGAGUUUGGGCAGCUCAGCUGCCGCACUCUCGCGAGGGCAUUUAUCAAAUUCAUCGAGCCACACAAACGAAGCAAAUACCCUUACAAUGGAGGCAAGCGCCCCCCAGGAUCCACCUCAGGCACUAAGCGUGACCCCGAAAAGACUAAGCCCAAAUGGUGGCCCCUUAAUGUACCUCAUAAGGAACCUGAUAACUUGAAGAAAACAGACCGCAUCGAAUUGCUACUUCACUUUAUUCGCAAGCUCGGUGGUCAAGGAGUUACUGCCGACAAGCUAAGGGAAGUUGUUGUAGCUACCGAAAGGGGGUUAGUGAAUGCCGAUAUCAUCUAUGACAUUCUUCGGGUUCGAAAGUUAGAGGAAGAACUUGAGCGAUGCAAAGUUGAUGCUAACACGGACGCCUACGUCAUAUACUGUGAAAAUGAUGAAUACGAUGAAGAUUACGAUGACGAUAAUGAUGACGAGAAGAAGGAGUCUUUUGCUGAAGCAGCCUCAGCGGCUGUUGGAGAGCCUCUGCCAAGCAAGCAGGAACUGGCUGCCCUCACCACCACAACAAUUGAGCCUCUCUAUUCGACACCAGCCUAUCCUCCUCCAGGUAGCCUCUCUAUGCCCAACCUUCUGAGUUUCGAAGCUAGCAGUCGACCCCAAUACAACACUUUCUACCAUCCCGCGCUCAGCACUCCCAUGACACAUUCCAUUCGGCACCCUGUCCUAGCAUCUACCUAUGCUCAUAAUCAAACUCGAGAUCCAGGUUACUACGGGCGCGCAAUGAAUACAGAAAGCUCACAGGACACUCCGAUCUUCUAUCAUUAUCAGGUUGAAGAUCCAAGUUACUAG